AUGAGUAUUGCUAUACUGGGACCUACAUUUCAAGAUUUGGCAACAAAUGUGAACAGUAAUAUCAGCAAUCUUUCUCUGAUUUUUGUGGGCCGUGCCUUUGGAUAUUUGAGUGGUUCUGUGAUUGGCGGAGUUCUUUUUGAUCAUGUGAAUAAUUUUUUACUUUUGGGAAUGUCAAUGUUGGCUACCACAGUUGGUCUUUAUCUUGUUCCUUUUUGCAAGAAAGCCGUACUACUGAUUGUUAUGAUGUCCGUCUUUGGUACUUCGAUUGGCAUACUAGAUACAGGUGGUAACGUCCUUAUCUUGGCUAUAUGGGGGGACAAAGGAGCCCCACAUAUGCAGGCCUUACACUUCAGUUUUGCCUUGGGUGCAUUUUUGGCUCCACUGCUGGCUAAAUUGGCAUUAGGAACGACUGUAUCUGCUGAGAAUUACACAGGGGCCGACUUUCAUACCCACUAUCCUCUCAACAAAUCGUCUGAAGCUGACUCAGAAUCUAUAUUUGGAGUACCUGACAACAUGAAUUUACUGUGGGCUUAUGUUCUUAUUGGGACUUAUAUUUUCAUAGUGUGUUUAUUUCUUUUUGCUCUGUUUUUAAAGAAAAGUUCAAGACGUGACAGAGCAGAAGCAUCAGCUCAGAGCUUUCGGAAAGCUAAAUAUCACAAAGCCCUUCUUUGUCUCCUUUUUCUGUUCUUCUUUUUUUAUGUUGGAGCUGAGGUAACCUAUGGUUCUUACGUUUUCUCAUUUGCAACCACUCAUGUUGGCAUGAAAGAAAGUGAAGCGGCUGGGCUGAACUCCAUCUUCUGGGGGGCUUUUGCAGCCUGCAGGGGCCUGGCAAUCUUUUUUGCGACAUGUUUGCAACCUGGAACCAUGAUUGUGUUUAGCAACAUUGGCAGCUUGGCUUCAUCUUUAUUGCUGGUACUUUUUGACAAGAGCCCAGUUUGUCUCUGGAUAGCAACUUCAGUGUAUGGGGCCUCCAUGGCGACCACAUUUCCCAGUGGUAUUUCUUGGAUUGAGCAGUACACAACCAUCAAUGGGAAAUCUGCAGCACUUUUUGUGGUCGGCGCAGCCCUGGGAGAAAUGGCCAUUCCUGCAGUAAUUGGAAUCCUUCAAGGAAAAUACCCUCGUUUACCUGUCGUUCUGUAUACCUCUUUGGGGUCGGCAAUGGCGACUGCUGUUUUAUUUCCUAUACUGUAUAAAUUGGCCACCUCACCUCUCCAUCGUCAGCAAAAAGAAAGCAGAAAGACUGAGGACCAGAAAGCUUUGCUCUCCAGCUCUGGCCUGAAUGACUACGAGGAGGAUGACGAGGAGGAUGCAGAAAAAUGGAAUGAGAUGGACUUCGAAGUGAUUGAAAUGAAUGAUACAAUGAGAAAUUCUGUAAUAGAGACCUCUAGAGAUAUUCUGGUGGAGCCCACAUCUGAAGUGUCCGACCAGUCACUCUCAAAGGCAUUACUCUUUGAAUCCUCUCUAGUUAGUAGUGGCAACUACUCUGUCACUCAUCUUGCCAGAAACCAGGAAAAAAAGGACUAA